CAAAACCAAGUGCAAUCUCUCAAGCACUUGCGCAAUGGCAUAUCCAAAGUUUUUGUCCACAAUUUCAUGCCUGCUUCUUGUUUCUUGUUUCUUCUUUCAAUCGGUCUUAGCCCACUCUGAUGACCAAAAGCAAAACCCCUUUGAGUUCAUCGAGCAUCUCCAAGGAUGUCACAAAGGGGACAAGGUCAAGGGUCUCCAAGAGCUCAAGCAAUACCUCGAAAAAUUCGGGUACUUGAACUAUAACCAAUCCAACCUCCAAACCAAUGCCAAUGAUGAUGAUUUUGACGAGCUUUUAGAGUCUGCCAUCAAAUUAUACCAGCUCAAUUAUCAUCUAAAGGUCACUGGAAACUUAGAUUCUCAAACAGUGGCUAUGAUGACGAUGCCUCGGUGUGGCGCUGCAGACAUUGUCAACGGCACCUCCCGGAUGCGGUCGGGCAAGAGAGGGACUCGCCACGGCUCGAGUAAUUUCCACACCGUCGGCCACUUCACUUUCUUCGAUGGGAAUCCCAAAUGGCCGUCCUCAAAGUACCACCUCACCUAUGCCUUCUAUCCUGAGACCCGGGAUGACGUGGUGGGCCCCGUCUCGCGGGCUUUCAAUACGUGGGCCUCAGCAACACAGUUCACAUUCUCCCAAUCCCAAAACUAUGAGUCUGCGGACAUCAAGAUCGCAUUCGCGAGGAGGGACCAUGGCGAUGGUGCCCCGUUCGAUGGUCCCAAUGGAGUCAUAGCCCACGCAUUUCAACCGACUGUUGGUAUGUUCCACUACGAUGCGGACGAGCCAUGGUCCGCGGGUCCAGUCAGCGGUUCAUACAACAUGGAGACCGUGGCAUUGCAUGAGAUCGGCCACCUUCUUGGUUUAGGGCAUAGCUCAGUCGCGGGGGCCAUUAUGUAUCCCACCAUAAGUCCCGGAGUCAGCAAGGGCUUGCAUGGGGAUGAUGUUCAGGGAAUCAAAGCCUUGUAUGGCGUUUGAUUGGGUUGGAGUAUAUAUGCAGUCUUUCACUUGAGCAGAUUAGGUGAAGGAUGUUAGGCUGAACGUUACCAAAAUAGAUGACUUAGCUAAGUCACGCCUGUUGUUUAUGCCAUUAUGAGGUUGUAAACUCGAGAAUUAAUCACAAUUUCGUGAAAUAGAAGACUGAAAUAAACGUUUAACGUCGAAUGAUG